CUCGGCACCAGACAGCUUGCUGAUAAACCAUCCCAGGCAAAGCAUACCCCGAAGAGGCACGCAGCCAAGUCAGGCAAUUGCUGCAGCAGGGUGUCGCUGAAGAUGAGAUAGAGAAACAGACGGGCGUGUCCGACAGGACCAUUCGCCGCUGGAAGCUCGAACUCGAGCGCUAUGGACGCAUCGGCAAACCUCCAGAGAGCCGGACUGGACGGCACCGCGUCAUGAAUAAGGAUGUCGAGCAGGCCUUGUUCGAUCGCGUGGCGCAAAAGCCCGACAUGUCCGUCGACGACAUGCUCUGGUGGCUGUACGAUACGUACAAGCUCGUCGUUGGUACACGCACUAUCCGCAGAGCCUUUGAACGGCGCAACACUUCGCACAAGAAGUUCCGCACCCAUGCGCGCAAGCACUUCAGCAUCGACAUGGGCGUCGACAUGGACCUGGACUCUGACGUCGAUGUCGAUGUGCAUGUCGACACUCAAUCUCACGACCAUCAUGCCCCAAUGCAGAACCUUGUCCAGGAGACCGUGUCCAUGCCGGCUACCCAGGCCCACAUGACCGUCUCACAACCAGAUACAACCUACCAAAGUCCUUAUGCCCUGCUCAUGGCCAUGGCUGACGCUACCGACGACAGCAACCAGCCACCUCCACCAGACAUCAGUCCCGAGCUGGCUCGCGCACUGGGAGGUUUGACCGAGUCCACUCACAUGCACCAAGACCUGAUGCCCGACCACAUGGACCCUCUGUCUGAGGACGAAGAAACCCUACAGCUGCAGCUUCAGCAAAUCAUGCUACAAAAGAAAGAGGUCGAGCUCAAACUCAAGAUGCGCCGCUUGCGCCAACGUCGAGAGUCUCACACACCGAAUGACGAUUCUUUGUUCGAUCACCUGGAUGUCGACACGACCUCGAACUCGCACAUGCUUCCAGACUCGACUGCAAACAACGACCCGUUUGCUCCACAAUCUGUCACCACCGAUACGAAUCCGAACACACCUAAGCCCCGAGAUUCUCGCAGCAAGAGCAAGGUUCAGGAGGCUCGUAAGCGGACCGAAGAACGUCAGGAGCGCAUGCUCAAAGACCUGGAACGUCGUAGCCGCCGACGGGAGCACCUGACAGCAGAGUGGGUGCAAAGUCGAGACGUCUGGGCAAAGGGCCCUGAGAAGCUCCUGGUUCAAUUGAUGCAUAAACAUUCGACCUAUGCAUACAACCAGAACUCGCUUGAGACUUUUGAAGCCAUCUUCGCAGAGUUGUAUCACCUCGUCGAUCACACCGAGUGGUAUGCCCCGGUACAUGAUGACCUUCUGCGCGAACGUACGCGUCGUAAGAUGAGCCAACUUCGCAGCAAAAUGGUAAAGAGUGGUGAGAUAAUCAGUCGCGGCGAGGGGUACGGCGGUUGGACCAAGCCUGACGAUCACGAUGCUCUGGCUGGCGCUACCGAUCUCAGCGGCACAGCACCUGAGGAUACGAGUCUUGACAUCUCUCAACACCACCACCAGAUCGAUGGCUUGUCAAUGGAUCUCCAUGCUCACGACAGCAAUCACGAUUCACUGAUGGCCCGCGACGCUAUGAUGCAGCAUGACCAUUCUAUGCUCGAGCAUUUACAGGGCAAUAGUGCCGAUCUGCACCACGGAGAUUUUGACCACGAUCAGCUAGCACGACACCAAAACGAGUUGCUCGCACAACGAGGCAUCGCGCAUGAAGCACAGCUUUCUCAUCAGAUUGAAGAAACCAUGGCUGCUGGUCUAGCAUCAGUUUGAGGUGUGGUACAUGCCUACUCAAAGGCAUCAAGAAUGGCCGUACGGUAUUUGCUGUGUUGCUAGUGUUGCUCGUACGACUGUUCAUGACUUAAGUAACUUCCAUCUGUAUUGGUGCAUAUCAUCACUCUUGCUCAAAUACAACUC